AUGCUUUCUCACUUGAAUUCCGGCGCUCCUGCUGUAGUUCUCAUGUGGGGUUACUGUGUACUGGCAGAAACCGUUUUUACUAAUUUAACUUCGCACAACGAGGCACACUCGAGUUUCAUCCACCGACAGCUGAAGAGCCAGGAACGCAGGGAGAUUCAGCGGGAGAUUCUAUCCAUCCUUGGGCUCCCGCACCGGCCCCGGCCGCACCUCCAUGGGAAACAAAACGCAGCCCCAAUGUUCAUGCUGGACCUGUAUAACGCCAUGUCCGAGGAUGGCUAUUCGUAUCCGUUCAAGCCCAUAAUCACCACACAAGGACCGCCUAUCGCAACCCUUCAGGACAACAAUUUCCUCAACGACGCCGACAUGGUCAUGAGCUUUGUCAGUCUAGCGGAGCUCGAUAAAGAGUUCCUGGCUGCCCGGCGUCACCACAGAGAGUUCCGCUUCGACCUGUCGCGGAUCCCGGAGGGGGAGGCGGUCACGGCCGCGGAGUUCCGGAUCUACAAGGCCGCUGCCCGGGAGCGGUCGGAGAACAACACCUUCCACCUCAAAGUCUACCAGGUGCUGCAGGAGCACCCCGACAGGGAAUCAGAUCUCUUCCUGCUGCACUCUCGGAUGCUCUGGGCAGCAGAGGAGGGGUGGCUCGUGUUCGACAUCACUGCAACCAGUAACCACUGGGUCCUGAGGCCGGCUGGGAAUCUGGGCCUGCAGCUGGUACUGGAGGGCGUGGACGGUCAGAGCAUGAAUCCCACGACGGCUGGCCUGAUCGGGCACAGCGGGCCUGAGAGCAAGCAGCCCUUCAUGGUGGCCUUUUUCAAAGCUGCGGAGGUCCACAUCCGGAGUGUCCGCUCCACGGGCGCGAAACAGCGCGGUCCCGGCCGCUCCAAGGCCCAGAAGAGCCCGGCCGCCAUGAAAGCGGCCAGCUUCGCAGAAAACAGCAUCAUCAGUGAGCAGAAACAGGCCUGUAAGAAGCACGAGCUGUAUGUCAGCUUCAGGGACCUGGGCUGGCAGGACUGGAUCAUCGCGCCGGAGGGCUACGCUGCGUACUACUGCGAAGGCGAAUGCGCCUUCCCGCUCAACUCCUAUAUGAACGCCACCAACCAUGCCAUUGUGCAGACGCUGGUUCACUUCAUCAACCCCAAAACCGUGCCUAAGCCCUGCUGUACCCCCACCCAGCUCCACGCCAUCUCCGUCCUGUACUUUGACGACAGCUCCAACGUCAUCCUCAAGAGGUACCGCAACAUGGUGGUCAGGGCCUGCGGCUGCCAUUAGCGCCACCCGCACCGUCCGUAAGCGCGUGUCACCAAUCCCACGAUGCAGUGGGGCCUGAGAACAAACUGGAGGAGGUGAUCCCACCCUCUCAUAUUGAGAACCUCCCAUGCAGACUCCAUGGAUCGACAGGCAGGUUCUUGGUCCUGCCCACACGCUGUUACCUGUAUUGCAUAUACCUGCCCUCUACCCGCCGCCCAGGUAGAGUGGUCCAGCCCUCUCUCUACACCUAUAGCAGUGUGGGAAGACUAACAGUGCUCCCUCCUACACCGACUAUCCACAAUCAUGCAGUUCAUUCUAUGGACUCAACUUAUCUGCCUAUCUGGUCUUCCAGGGAGAGACUGUACUGUACUGUAAUGCAGAGUGGAGUAUAUCACUCCACCAAGGAGGGAGCCAGAUGUAUAUGAAUGUAGAAGUCUACCAGGGAAGAACAUUAUCUGUCCUCCAGCAAGGGACUGAGUAAGUCUGUGUGACCAGUCUGUCAGUUGGAACAGAUGUUUUGGCAUUGCCCUGACUGGGUAAUAUGUCCCAUAGAUAUCAUUUUUGGUAAAUUUUGCUGUUUGGAUUUGGGUGAAAUGUAAACCAUUAUGUAUCGAGACAUCUUACACACAGACAUUGUAAUCGGAGUUUGACAGGUGUUUUUUUUUUCUCCAUUUUCCCGUCAAUAUUAAAUAUUAUUGAUAUGAAGUGACAA